AUGACCGUCUGGCAGCAAUACAUCCAUAACUUUGUGAGAGCUGGCAUGUGUUGGGAUGCUGCCGUUGUUUCUAUAGCUCAACAGCAACUCCUAAUAGCCCACCAAGGCGGCAUCUUGGCCCGAAUGACCAAAGCAGAGAUAGAAGCCCUCCUUGGCAGAAACCGGGAUAUCCUUCUCACCGAAGGGCUGACACUUGGUGGCCUCAAGUGUUUGGUUAUACGUGACAAUCUCUACGCAGAUGCCCAUUACCACACUAUGGAACUCCGGACCAAACUUGUUGGGGACAACGGCACCCGAGCAAUCGCCGUAGUCCUGGUCAAUCCUGUGUGCCUCAUCCUCAUUGGGGAGAAGGGGAUUCAAGGAGGAACACUCAGCUUGAAGGCUUUUCAAACCGCUCAAUCCAUCAAAGAAAAUUACAACAACAAAACCGCGUGGUGA